ACUUUUCACAAUGCCUUCUUAGCCCAGAGCCUCAGCCAGCCCCCACUUCUGUGUCUCAGCAUUUAAAGGGCCAUCGAAGUCCCACUUCAUGCCAUAUACUCUCAACAGGUUUUCUCAUUUGCUCCUUGGGACAGCUCUGUAAGGAUGAUACAGUCAGUUCUAUCUCACAGAUAAUCAAGCUCAGGCUUUCAGAGCCUAAGUCACCUUCCCAGGUAAGUGGCAGGAUUGGAAUAAGGUUUCAUUCCUCACCCUCCCUAAAGGACCCUGAGCACCCCCUUUUAGAAGAUGGGCUUCCAGGGCUUGAGAAAUAGUCAGAUUCCACUCCCCAUGGGUCCCCCACUCCACAACCCCUCUGGGUGAUGAGGAAGACAGAAGUGAAAUCCUGCACUUCAUGCCAAGAGACUGGGUGUUGGACCAUAUGAGUUGGCUGAUCCCUUAAGUGGUGAGUGGGCUCAGGCAGAAGCUUAGGUGUUGGCCUUGGGACAGGUGAGCUGAAGAGAAGGAAAGUAACCUGCACUGAACUACUUUAAGCAAAUGCACUCUAUAUUUCAUCUCCUUUAUCCUAACGGCUCUUCAAGGUACCGAUGAUUAUGAUCAUUAUUCCAAUCAGGGUGCUGUCUUUAAGGGAGUUUUUGUAAAUCAGGGAGACAACUUUAUUAUCUCCUUAUUGUCAGCUAACUCUGGAAUUAAUCUAAAGGUUUUUUUUUUCUCUAUUUGCCCUGAAGCCCACAGAGAAAUAGAAAUGUUUUUCUUAUCCUUUAUUCACAUGUUUGUUCUGUAUUGAUGAGUAUUUAGAAUGUUUCUCAUUUUUUCCUUUUUAAAAAGAUUUCAGCAAUGCUAUUUCAAAUAACCACUUACCUGGCUAUUUGGACAUGUGAAAAUUUUUUCCUCCAUUACAUUUGUAAACAUCUAUCCCUUGGGGCUUGAUUUCAAUAACUUAAACUCCCUUAUAUGCGUCUGAGCAUUCUCAUUUCUUUAACCAUCUUUAUACCUGUUGUAGUUACAAUAUUUAAAUGUAUUUAUAACUGAUAAGUGUGUUUCCAUUUCCUUGAUGUAUUUGGUCCCUCAUCCUGCCCCCAUACACAGACACACACAGAGCCUUUUUCUUUUGCACCUUUUUCUUUUGCAAAUUAAAAAAAAUUUUUUCGUUUUCUACAUUUAAAUUUUGUCAGAUGAUAGGUGAUAAACGGAUAUUUAGAUGGUUUCAUUUGCAUUCCUUAAUGUAUUAGUGAGCUAGAAUGCAUUUUCUUGUGAUUACUGGCCAUUUGCAUUUCUUCACCUGUGAACCAUAUACAUAUUUUUUCAGUUUUGUUAUUUUGUUAUAGGAGCUGUACAUGUGUUAAACCGAAAAACCUUCACUGAUGGAUGCAUGCGUUAUUUCAACACAUCUUUGUUGGAAAAACAGACCCGGCACCACCUCUGCGCACAACCCCGCGCGCCUGGCUCAGGUGGGAACGCGGGGCUAGCACCAUGAGCACCCCGGGCAGCCCCGACCAGGCCUAUGACUUCCUGCUCAAGUUCCUGCUGGUGGGCGACAGCGACGUAGGCAAGAGUGAGAUCCUGGAGAGCCUGCAGGAUGGCGCAGCUGAGUCCCCAUACAGCCACCUGGGGGGGAUCGACUACAAGACGACCACCAUCCUGCUGGACGGCCAGCGGGUGAAGCUGAAGCUCUGGGAUACGUCGGGGCAGGGAAGAUUUUGUACCAUAUUCCGCUCCUACUCUCGUGGUGCACAAGGAGUGAUCCUGGUCUACGACAUUGCAAACCGCUGGUCUUUCGAGGGUAUGGAUCGAUGGAUUAAGAAGAUCGAUGAGCAUGCCCCUGGUGUCCCUAAAAUCCUGGUGGGGAAUCGCCUACAUCUGGCAUUCAAGAGGCAGGUGCCCAGGGAGCAGGCCCAGGCCUACGCUGAGCGCCUGGGUGUGACCUUCUUUGAGGUCAGCCCUCUGUGCAAUUUCAACAUCAUAGAGUCUUUCACGGAGCUGGCCAGGAUCGUGCUGCUGCGGCACAGGAUGAAUUGGCUCGGGAGACCCAGCAAGGUAAUGAGUUUGCAAGACCUCUGCUGCCGCGCCAUCGUGUCCUGCACGCCCGUACACCUGGUCGACAAGCUCCCACUCCCCAUUACCUUAAGAAGCCACCUCAAGUCCUUCUCCAUGGCUAAGGGCCUGAAUGCCAGGAUGAUGCAAGGCCUCUCCUACUCCCUCACCACCAGCUCCACCCACAAGAGCAGCCUCUGCAAAGUGGAGAUCGUCUGCCCACCCCAGAGCCCACCCAAAAACUGCACCAGAAACAGCUGCAAAAUUUCUUAAGGAAGGCACCAAAAGGAAACAAGCUGGAAUCGCUCCAGGAAAAACUCUGGUUACACCUGGAAGAUGGAAGUCGCAUUGUAGAUUCAAGAAAUUAGUUUUCAGUUUCUCACAGGAACCAUGCUGCUUGGGAAUGUGUGUGAUGCCUUCUGUCAAUAAAAACACAUUACACAGUUUGACUUUGAAUUUCUAUUUGGAUGUGCAUGAAGCUCUUGUUUUAAACGUGUGUUUAUAAAGGGGAAAUUAGUACUUUGCUCAACUCUUGAUAACAUGAAAUUUUGAAUGUUACUUAUAUCAUAAUCACGCUGCAACUUUUUCCUUAAAAUAACCGCCUUUGUAAGAAUGGUGAUAUGGCAAUGAUGAGUAUAAAUUCAAGGAAAUUGGAGAAGCAAUGAUAGUGAGAUAAUUCAGUCAUCGAUAUUACAAGAGGGGCCUUUUUGUAAACCUCCUUUUUAAUGUCAAAGCACCAAUUUAUAAAACACUGCAGAUGCAUAUAGAGAUUGUAUAUAACAGAUCUGUCCAGUUUGUGCACGAAAUGGAUUUGAUAAAGUUUUUGCUAUGUUAUUUUACUACAUUUGGGGAUUAAUACAUGAUUUAUAUGUAUGUUUUUCUGUAAAUCUACUUUUUUUGUACAAGAUGUUCUACAAGAUAUGAAGCUAAGGGAGGAAAACGCCAAAGAUAUCUCUAGUUAUGUUGAACAUAGCCAACAUGGUUUCAAUGGAUCAGUAAGAAAAAACCAUUUCAGUAAGGAAUGAAAUAAGUACUUAUUUGAGAAAAUGUUUCUUAACAAUAAAAAAGUAUAUAUUUUUCUCUUUGGUAAAAUGAAAAGAGAAGAAAAAUAUGUAUAGUGUAACCCCGCAAGAUGAGGCUUUGCAGAAAAACAAUGCAAUAGAACAUGGUGGGGCAGGCCCAUUAUAAGGCCUUAGGUGAGUCAUUUCCCCUGUGCUGGCCAGUUUUGGUUAACACCUCUCAGAUCAAUAUAGAGGUUAAUGAGAUCACAUCUGGGAAAGCACUUCUGAGACCUUAGAUGGGAAGGAAGGAGAAGUGGUUUCCACAUAGUUACUUUCCAAUUUACACUGUUGAUUAUUAUAAUAAUUGAUAUUGGAUGAACUGAGUAAAUAUAAGUCCUUGUA